AUGUCUGAACCAUGUAUGCUUGGUGUUGUUCAUCUCAAAGAAAGAGCUCAUGGCGUCCCGGUUCCUCCUCAACGGCCGACCCGAGGCCUUGCAGUUGCCGCAGAUGCCCUGGAACAUCAGGGGAUCAGGCACAUGGAGGCACGUGGGGAACGUGCGGGAGGAACGAUUGUUCCUACAACAAUUGCAGGGCCGCACUGGUGGGACACCUCUCGAUUGGAUGAGAAUGGCCUCAAUGAUCGGCCGGUCGCCGAUGUUGCGCGCAAUAAUGCGGCCGCUGCGGAACUCCACGUCUGCCUCCUCCAUUCGGAGCAACCGCUCGUCCACACCCCGCACCCUUGCGCUUAUAUGACGUUCAAUUUCAUCCUCGGAGAGGAUGGGACUACGCCCCGCCGCCGAAUCAGCGUCAAUCCGCGCGAUAAUCGCUUGGAUGGCGCUGUGGCUCUGAGGUCUUGUAUACGAUGA